GGUUACUGCUUUUUUGGUCUUGUGUCUAGCAAUAUCUUACUAGUGUUUAGUGUCAAAAGAGACCUCAUUUUUAGUUAUCACAAUGGAAGACCAACAGCAAUACGAAGACAAUUUUACGUCUGAAGAUCAAAAUUAUGCUGAAUAUGGGACUGAUUUUAAUGAAGGACAACAACAAACGCAGUCUAAUGGCGACGUGGAAGACCAAGGCGGUGCAGGUGGAGAUACCGCAUCGUCUAGUAAAUCCUCUUCUGAAGAAGAUAAAAAACUUUUUAUUGGUGGAAUUAGUAGAGAUACUAACCAAAAGGAUUUAAAGGAAUACUUUUCCAAGUUUGGGGAAGUAACCGAAGUAAACAUCAAAACAGAUCCUUCUAGUGGACGAUCUCGGGGUUUCGCUUUUGUUGCAUUUGCUAGCCGGGAUUCUGUUGAUUCUGUAUUGCACAAUGGACCUCAUUCUAUUAAAGGUAAACAAAUUGAGGCCAAGAGGGCCAAAGUUAGACCAGGUAUCAAAAAAAUAUUUGUUGGCGGAAUUGAGUCUGAUAUGACUGAAGCAGACAUCCGUAACUACUUUGAACAUUUUGGAAAAGUUGAAACAGUAGAGCUUCCCUUCGAUAAGGUGAAAAAUCAGAGGAGACAGUUUUGUUUUGUAACCUUUGAAGAUGAAAUGACUGUAGACCAGGUUUGUAAACAACCCAAACAGAAGAUUGGCAAUAAGGAGUGUGAUGUUAAGAAAGCUACCACCAAACCUGACCCAAGGAUGGCACGCGGUGGUGGCAUAGCUGGCCGAGGUCGAGGCAGAGGUGGUCCUGCUGGUGGAUGGGGCCAAGGAGAUUAUGGUAUGCAAGGAUAUGGAGGUUAUGGUGGCCAAGGCGGCUAUGGAGGUUAUGGUGGAUAUGGAGACUAUGGAGGUUAUGGUGGUUAUGGAUCAGGCUACGGUCCUGGUUAUGGUGGUUACAAUUAUAAUGGCUGGGGUGGCUAUGGUCAGAAUGGCUACUCUGGUGGUUAUGGUGCUCAGCAGCCGCCUGCCCCUGGGAAGGCACGUCGUGGCACCACUACUGGACAAGGCUAUCAGCCAUAUUGAUAAUUUUUAAGUCGAGCCAUCUUGCAGUCGUGUCCCAUGAUUCAGCCUCUCCGGAAGGUGUACAUAGCCUGUGUGUUUUAUCCACUUCAUCUUAUGCUAUAAUUCGUGCAGAACUCUUUUUUUCAUGUAGCGUGUCCAUGCUUGGUCCAGUGUUGUAAAAACAUUUGUCUGUGUCACGGCACAUUCCAAUAAAAAAGGAAUUCUUGUUAGUAGUUGCACACAUAUGUGAUGCAUUAUCAGAACAAAUAUAAAUGUGUUUUUUUAAGUAUUUUAUUUACUUUUUUGUUACAAAGAAAGUGUUCUUCAAAAUUGAAAAUUUUAUAGUUACAUCAUUGGGAGGUCUUCCUUCACAUUUUGAUUCCAGUACAUUAUUACAAAUAGUUCAGCAGUUCACUUGUUAUUGGGUGGGUUUUAAUUACAAGUUGAGAAUCCAUUUUUUAUAUCAUAUAGUCUUAAGAUUGCCAUCUUUCAAAUUUAAAUGGCACAGCAAAAUUUAGCUUAAAGUCUUACCUUUUUAAACUCGAAUUAUUAUGAAUGUUUUAUAUUUGAAAGGAUCUGCUAGUAACACAUUUUUCCUAAAAUUUUCUUUCUGCAUAUUAAACAACAAAAGUUCCUUGUCAUUGGAUGUUAAAACAUAUGUAUAUAUUUUACAGUAACUUAAGUUGUGUAAAUAACAUUCUGAGUCUUCAUUUCUCACCUCACACUGUAUAAUGCAAAUACAUAGGAUCAUUUUCACUGCUCCUGUGUUAUGGCUCAGGUGUUGUCGAGCAUUGAACCUGCUGAUUGCAAGAAAAUUCAUUUUCAAGGGUGUAUUUUAUGCCAGUAUACCUUAAGACUUGAAUGUAAAAUGCCAUCUGUUGUUACAAACAGUUUGUGUAGAAUUUUGUUAAUUUUAUAGAAAACAUUAAGGCGGGCUAUUUAUGCUGCAGGUUGUAUGUAGGGACCUCUGACAUGAUUAUUUAUACAAAUUAAUAGUAUAUCAUGAACAAUGCAAAUUGGUUUGGCUCUUAUUCUUUAAACAAUUUUCAUAUUGAAGGAUUGCUACUUAAUUGUACACUUUAAAAUUUUAUUGGAUAACAAGGACUGUUCUUCAAAAUGUCUGUUACAUCUUUAACUUUCCGCAGUAACUUGGAUUCAAUUUGUGUAUGUCCUGUGUCUUUUUAUAGAAAAAUAAAAAUAUUUACAUCUUA